UACACCUGCUCUGCUGAAAGGAAAGCGGGUUCGUCUUCUGUAUUAGAGAUUUUGCUAUUUACAACAGCUGGAUAUUGUGUCGUUUUGUUUGGUCUACAAUGUGGAUACCUACGAUCGCUUUGCUUUUCAUGUGUUCUCACUGUUUUGUGCACAGCCUCGAAUCAGAUGUAAUCCGAACCUCUAAAGAAGUGAUGGAUCUAUUGGAACAGGUCCCGCACAGUGGAACGGUGGGUGUACAGAAUAAUAUGAACACACGUCGCAUCAGGCGAUCUUCUCCUCGCCAUCACAUCAGGCCAUCUUGUGCUGAUCAAGAACGCAGUCCGUCAACGAGAAAUACCUGCAAUGGAUACCAGAAAAAGAACCAGAGUAAAGAAAUACUUGCUCAUGAUGAUGACGGCAACAUAAGGAAAGUUGCAGAGAUGGCCACAUGCAUGCGCUCUGGAGACUGUGAGGCAGGACUGUGCUGCGUCCGCUAUUUAAAAGUGAAAAGAUGUCAACCAAUCCCAAAGGAGGGAGAAACCUGCCUCCUGCGAGGAGGACGCUCUAAACAGCGGAGGAAUCUUGACCGCUGCAACUGUGCACCCGGGCUAAUCUGUCAUGCCCAGGCUGAAAGACCCAAAAACCAAGGAGUUUGUCAACCUAAACUGAGAGAGAACGGGAGGAGUGCUAGAGACACUCAGGCAAGAGAGAAGAUGUAGAUGACUCAAGCCUUUCUUUUACUCAAAACAUUUCACUCAAUAAACUACUGUUGUAACAUUCUUUGUUUAAAAUGUUAAAAGCAAUGUAGGCUUUUGUAAAUGUAUAUUUCAUUCCA